AUGAGCAAUCGAAAGCGAUCGCGCUCUGUCGGGGAGGAGAAUCGCGCAGAAUGCCCCUUCACAAUUUCUUACGCGAAUAGUCCGUCGCGCGCCGAACAGGAACGUCACAAGAACAAGAAGCGAAAGCGCGACGGUCAAGAUGAUGAUAAACGAGUCCAAAUCCAAAUCUCCCCCUUCUCCCCUACCGGCAGCUUCAAAACCCACGACACGAUGGACCUGUAUUACACUGUUGAACCUGGCAAGCGAUGGCAAGAUAUGACGCGAUACAAUAGUUUUGUUCUUAAUGGUAUAAAGUACUACAGCGAAGGCUUCGUCUUCGUUGCGAACGAGUCAACUGUAGAGCAUCAAAAGCUUCAAAACGAUGGUAAAGGUGGCUUCAAGAGAUCUAACGAUGAAUGGGUUGCGCGCAUCCUCGAGAUCCGAGCUUCCGAUGAGCACCAUGUUUACGCACGUGUUUACUGGAUGUACUGGCCCGACGAGCUUCCUCCCGGUACCAUCGAUGGCAAGAAGACGGUACAAGGCCGUCAACCGUAUCACGGCGCUAAUGAACUGAUCGCCUCCAACCAUAUGGAUAUCAUCAACGUCGUCAGUGUCACACAACCCGCGACAGUGAACCAAUGGAUAGAAUCAGAUGACGAGGAAAUCCAAGACGCGCUUUACUGGCGUCAAGCGUAUGACUGCCGUAACUCACAGCUCUCUUCUGUUGACAUUAUGUGCAAAUGCCAAACCCCCGCGAAUCCCGACAGAACUCUGAUAGGAUGCACAAGCUCGGAAUGCGGGCAAUGGAUGCAUCGUGAAUGUUUGGCUCAUGAAGUUCUCAUGCAAGUCUACGAUCGACUAGGCGCCGAUAAGCCUCACCGAACCGAGGGAGCAGUUGUCAAGGAGGAAAAGACAGAGGAGGCAAUGCGCCCUCUGUCUCCCACCGACGCUGAGGAGAAGGAGACCCAACCUACGAUCGAUGUUCACUCUGGGGAGACCCAAGAUAACGUGCACGUUAAGAAGGCGAUUCGAGAAACACCCCGAGAGACCGAAACACCAACACCUGGACCAACGCCAUCGAGAUCUAUCGCCGCCGCGUCGGCUAAGGGAUCAGUUAAGGGAUCAGCCAAGAAAGGUCGCAAGAAGAAGAGCGCAGAUCAUAAGCCAUAUCUAGGACUCUUUGAGGCCAACCUUAAAAUGCAAGACGGUCCUACAGCAUGGGAGAUACGCGACCUACGCGAAAACGUUACGGGUGGCGAGAAGACGUGGACUGAGAAGGCUUACUGUCUGAUAUGCAAUGCCGCUAUUGAAUGA